CACUUGGAAAGUUUCUGGGCUGAAUAGAGCCCUCUCAUAGUAUUCCGUCGCGAUGUCAGAAGACUCGAGGGCCAUCGUCAAAGCCCUCGAGAAAGUCCUUGUCCGGCUUAGCGAGAAUCCGUAUCCGCAUGUCCCCAAUCCUCCCAAUUCCUCGCAAAAACGAGCCAGCGUUGCUGCCAUUAUUCGUGUCCGACCGGCCUAUAAACCUGUCCCUGCAAGUGUCAACGGCUCCCUCAUAGCGGUCGAUAAGCCUUCUCCCCCGUCUCCCCCCUCUACAAUCAGCGAGUUCUUCGCGCAAGAAUGGGUCCAAGAAGGAGACCCAGAAUUACUCUUCAUCAAACGCGCCGGGCGCGCUGGCGAUAGGUGGUCAGGGCAUGUUGCCUUGCCUGGUGGGAAACGAGAUCCUGAAGACGCGGAUGACUUUGCUGCUGCUGUCCGCGAGACAAGAGAAGAGAUAGGCCUGGAUCUGGACACGAUGGAUUGUCUGCCUGCAGGGAAUCUUCCUGAACGGCUGGUCACUACUUCUUGGGGAAAAGACGUUCUCAUGGUGUUGUGUCCCUACAUCUUCCUCCUGACAGGGAAGACAGUCCCUGCUGCCCAGCCACAACCCACCGAAGUUGCCGCAGUGCAUUGGGUCUCUCUCCGCGCGCUGCUCUCACCAACUCUACGGACUAGAGAAGCCGUGGAUAUCUCCUCGAGGAUAGCCAAGCACGUUGGACCCGCAAUCCACAAACUGAUCCGUUGGACAAUGGGCAAGAUGAUGUUCAGUGCCGUCCGCCUUCUCCCCACAGAGUCUGUUUAUGCCAGUUCCAUACCGGGUUUCAUACCCACAGAGGGUGGCGACAAGCUUUCCACGCUGGCGGGAUGGGCUCAAGCGCCCUUCGGCAUCCCCUCCUCCUCAUCUAUUCACCACUCCCUCCUAACUUUCCAACAACCGCUUAUCCUCUGGGGUCUGACACUUGGCGUGCUGGCAGAUCUUCUGGACCAACUGCCACCCUACAACGCCGUGGCGCUCUGGAAAUAUCCGACAUUCACGGUGCCUGACCUCCGCCUACUUGUGUACAUCAUGACCCGCUCGUUCCGAAAGAAUACUGCAGAAGCCUUCUCGUCGGGAUCUUGGCCGAGUCGACCACAGCGGCAGCCGAGUCAAACCGCCAUGGAUGGCGCAACCGAGGCGACAGCCAUCUCUGUGGCCGAACCCGCGCCUGCAAUGGGACCCGAAUCGACAUCUGCACCAAUCCCUACUGCUACGGGUCGACAAGCCAAGCGAUCAUCUUUCAACAAACACAGUGUCGGCAUCGGCGGAUUAGGUGUCGGGAAAGACCCGCAGCACGCUGUCGGUAAGUUGCUGCACGGGUAUUACGACAGAGUGAAUUGGGCGAUCGCCCUGUUUCUGGCGUACAGAACAGCGCUCACAAUGAGUGUGGCGUGGUGGGUGGUUAGAUGGUGGCGAAGACGAAGGGCUGCGGGCACGUAAUGUUUUGCUGAGGGACCAGGAGUGGGCGGCACGAUGCACCGCAUUGUCUGAUCGGGGCUAGGUGGCUGUAUUUAUGAGGAUUCUAGAGCUUACUUGGGAUCGCCGGCUGCAUUCUAUAUACAGUUCUGGCAUUUUGGCAUUGUUGUUUAACGCGGCACAGCUUGCAUAUUCCAACGGGAAGAUUUGAGGAGCGGAGAUUUUGGUUCUAGAUCUACCCUUUUGCAUCGAUGCACAAUAAUACACAAUGUGAACCAGAUGAUUUCGAAAGUCAAGACGAAA